CUCAUUUCGGUUGAGGGAGUCUAAGGGCUCUGGGAUAACUCGCUGAGCUUUCCGUUCGUCGCCAAUUUUUUUUUGUUGAUUGUCGAGAAUUUUCUCGCCCCGGGAGAAUGUUCUACUCUGACAUUCUGAGAGAAAGCCGACAGCAGCAGAUGGAUAUCCGAGAGGCUGCCUCUCUGCGCCAGCAGAGGCGAAUGAAACAAGCCGUUCAGUUCCUCCAUAAAGACUCGGCGGACUUGCUACCCCUGGACGGCCUCAAAAAACUGGGCACCUCCAAAGAAACCCAACCACAUAACAUUUUGCAGAGACGUUUAUUAGAAAGCAACUUGUCAAAACUUCGAGCCAACAAUCGAGGGACAUGGCCUUCUAAUAAUUCAUUUUCGGUGCAGACCAAGAGUUUUCAUCAGAUUAAACAAGAAUUUCACAGAAGAACACAUGAUGAUGAUCUGAUAUUUGUGUGUUGCAAGUGUGCUGGAUUAGAGAUGAAAUUACAGAUUGACACUGGCUCUCGAUAUAAUCUCAUUUCAUCUGCCUGUGUGGAUAAACUAGGGCUGAAGGAACUUGUGAAAGCAGACAAGAAUGAAUGGAAAAAAUGGGAAUGCCUUUUACUUUUGAAGGUUUAUUGCCAAAUGGACAAUAUUGCAAUCUCUAUAGGACAAGCUGAAUAUAAGUGUUCAGCAGUUGUGGUGGAUGAUGAUAAGAAAAUUCUCUCUAUUGGAUUGCAGACAUUGAGAUCAUUGAAGUGCAUAAUAGACUUGGAAAAACAAUAUUUAAUUCUUGGGGAGAAGGAGAAAGAGGAGAUUCCAUUUCUGGAUAUUGACAGCAGUUUUUAUGCAGAUGGCUCUUCUUAAAGUACAGAAGUUGACAGAAGUAAACAUUCGAUUUACAGAAGUGCUCUUCGGUGGUUUGUAUACAAAUAUGACACAACAAACAUCUCUGACUCCAGCCUACUCUCUGUGCUUUCUCUUCAGUACAAGUGUUCAGAACUAACAUGGAAUUUUGUAGCACUUAGACUGUUAUUUAACCUUUACAAUCUUUCGCUUCUGAAUACAGGAUGGAUGCAAAGGAAAUUACAGAAUGAAUUUCCUGUGCAUUGUUUAAAAAUAUUGAACUUUAGUGUUCAUUCUGAAGAAAAUAAUUCUGCUCUUUCUGUGGGUUGACCGUUUCACAUGUGCACUAUGGUGAAAUAGAG